AUGCGUUCGAACGCCAACCGCAAUGCUUCGGUGCCUCGGGUCUCAAAUACUGUCACUGUAGAUGGACACGCCAGCGCAACUGUCACUGCUGGCUAUCAGCGUCAUCCCCUCGUCAUAAACGUCUCAGCUGUCACCAAAGGCCUCACGGUCAGUGUGUCUCUGCAUCCCUCGCUCAACGCCGUCUACGAGGUGGAUCCGGUCUACUUUCUGGGUCAGAUUGGACCCACGGGCUUUGUGGACAUUACACUCACCAAGCACGCCUUGAGUUUCAAAUCAGUGGUGAGUUUCGGUGUCCAUUUAUCAGACUAA